AACUAUAUUUUAUAGUCAGUUUUUAUAUGUCGGUAUAAAAUAUUGAUAAUGUAAUAUUUCGUGUAUUCGGCAUACUUAACUUUUACCCAUUAUUUUUGUUGAGCAGUCUUCUAACUUCUUCUAUUUACGAGUAAGACAAAAUAAAUAAUAAUUUGAGAGAUAGUAUACUAAUGAAAACCUUAUCAGUUAUAACAGUUAAGUGUGGAAAAUAUUUUAAAUUCAAAUUUUUAAGUUCAACUUCUCAAUUUUUUAUUCUAAGACACUCCUUAUAAAUAAUUUAUAACACUUAUGAAUUAAUUGAAAUGGAGAAUUCACUAGACUUUACAGAAAUACUUGAAGGAAAGGCAAAAAUACGUGUUCCUGGAACUAGUAAAGUUUUUUACAAUCCAGUACAAGAGUUUAACAGAGAUUUAAGUAUUGUCGUAUUAUCAGUUUUUUCUGAAAUUCAUUUUAAAGAAAAACAAAAAAACAGAAAAAGACACAGAUCACCAAAUGAAAAUAUUACAUCUGAAACAGAACGUAUAAAAUUAGAAGUUGGGGUGAAAUAUGAAACUGGUAUAGAAGUUUUAGAAGCAAUGGCGGCAACUGGUUUAAGAGCAAUAAGGUAUGCUCUUGAAGUACCUGGAAUAAAGCAAAUAUUUGCUAAUGACAUAUCAAAAACAGCUGUAGAUAUAAUGAAUGAAAAUAUUAAAGAAAAUAAUGUUAAUAACUUAGUGACAUCAACUCAUUAUGAUGCUGGACAUGUAAUGAGGAAAAGGCAGUUUGAACAUGAUUCAAAGUUUAAUGUUGUUGAUUUGGACCCUUAUGGAUGCCCAACUAAUCUUUUGGAUUCAGCAAUUUGUUGUUUAGCCGACAAUGGUUUAUUAUUAGUGACAUGUACUGACAUGGCUGUUUUGGCUGGUAAUACACCAGAAUCAUGUUAUGCUAAAUAUGGUUCUAUAUCAUUGAAAUCCCCUGCCUGUCAUGAAAUGGCUCUUAGAAUUGUAUUACAUACAAUAACAAAUGUUUGUACUCGUUAUGGUCGCUACAUGGAACCAUUAUUAUCUAUAAGUGCUGACUUUUAUAUUAGAGUUUUUGUGGUUGUGAAAACAAGUCCUUUUAUGUGCAAAACAAUGUCUAGCAAAAUUUCAUCAGUGUUUAAGUGUAGAGGUUGUAAUACUACAACUUUAUUUCCAUUAGGUUCAGCUAAAUCUGAUUCUAAAAAUGUUAAGUUUACACUGAAUUCUGGUCCUCCUGUUGAUAAAAAAUGUGAACAUUGCGGAUUCACUCAUAUGAUUGGUGGUCCAAUUUGGACAGGACCUUUAUACAACACUGAAUUCUUGAAUAAAUUAUGUGAUUUCAUUAGAGAUGAAAAUGCUGAAAAAAAAUUUAACACUAUAAAAAGAAUGAGAGGAAUGUUAACUAUGAUGCAAGAAGAAUUACUUGACAUACCAUUAUAUUAUACUGUACCAUCAUUGACUAAUACUGUCCAUUGUGAAGCAAUGCCAUUAAGAUAUUUUUUCUCAGCAUUAGUAAAUGCAGGUUAUCGUGUUUCAUCAUCUCACUGUGCACCUAACAGCAUAAAAACAAAUGCUCCUCAAACUAUUGUUUGGGAUGUCAUAAGAACCUGGGUUUUAACACAUCCAGUUUCUGAAAAAAGACUACAUGAUUCAGUAGCUGCCAGAACAAUUUUAACUAAAAGUCCUACAGUUGAAAUAAUUUUUGAUAAGACAUAUAAUAUUGUACCAAAAUCUUUGCAAGGUUUAGUCAGAUACCAACAAAAUCCUGCACCAUAUUGGGGACCUGGAACAAAAGGAAACUCUAAACAAAAAACUACUGAAGUUAAAAGGGAAACUCAAAUGUCAACAUAACAUUUCAUUUUUGUGUAUGUUAUUAAUGAAUACUAAUUAUUAUAAACAGUGAUCAGAUUAUCAUAAAUUACUUCAUUACUCGUAAAAUAAUUACAAUAUUGAAAAAAAAAAUUUGAUUAGAAAUGCUGAUGAGCAAUGCUGCUGUAGCAUUUGAAAUAUUACACACUAAAUAAAUAAAUUGAUCCUCCAUUAUUGAACAUAUUAUUUAACUUUCCUUUUUUUAUUUAAAUUGUGUUGCCUUUUUUGUAUAAAUAUAUUUUUUUAAUGUUUUUGAAAUAAAAUUAUUGUAUUUUUUGUUA